AUGGCUUCUCCUAUCUUGUUGGAGGCAUUUCGGGAAUUCCCCCCCCCUCUUUUUUUUCCCCCUCCUGGUCGCCGGAGGAAACCUGAACCCGAGCGCCUGGGCCGCCUGCAAAGGCUCCUGGACGAGCCGCCGCCAAAGGACCCCCCUCUCCACCCCCCCGGCCGGCUCCAGCCGCCGCCUCCCCGCCAGCUGAGCCAGCCUCCGCCGCACCCUCGGCGCCGGCGAGCGGGACAAUUGAAAGGCGGCCCAGCGGAGCGCGGUGCCGGAGGGUCUCUCUCUCCCCCCCCCCCCGCCACGCCCGGCCAGCCAGCCGGACCUCGCCGGACAGCCCGCGAGCGGCCCGGGGCCCCCUGCGCGCUGCGCCGGCCCCGCACGGAUGGAGCCCCCCGGCGCGCUGCGGCGCCUCCUGCUGCUGCUGCUGCUGGCGUGCGCCCCUCUGCGCAGCGCGCAAGGUGCAUCUGCUUGCACGUCUCUGCAGACACGUUGCGUUUAAACCAAAAGUGGUUUGACAGUGGGAUCCUGGACAAAGCAAAAUUUGCUGCACCUCAUUCACUCAAAACUUCAGUGGAGAGCUGCUGUGCAAAUGGAUAUGAAUGGGCAAGUCAGAAAAGAGACUGCAGUUCUCUGCCCUUAAAUCUCGACUCCAGAGAAUGCAGCAUUGCUCAGGAGCAGUGCUGUCUCAGUCAUCUGGAGGAGAGGCAUUGUACUGCUGGAAUCGCUCUCGCCAGUAAGCAAGAAGACUGUGAGUCGCAUGAAGGUAAUUCUACCUAUGAAGACAAAAUCGUGAAGAAAUGCUGUUACUGUUGCUUUAUGGGGAACGUGGCCCGCAAGCAAGGGAACAGCUGUGAGCAGAGCCUGCAGAUGGGAUAUCAGUGUGGACUGGUCUUCAGAGCUUGUUGUGUUGAGGGGCAAGAAGGCACCGACCCAUUGGCUGUGGACGGGCCCAACAAAGAGUUAGCAUUACCAGUUGAGGUUGACCAUGAGGAUCCUUACCGUCACGACCGCUGCAGAGGAGGUGGUCCUUGCACACAGCAAUGCCGGGAUACAGGGUCCAGCGUUCUCUGCUCUUGCUUUAUGGGCUACCAGCUUCAGCCAGAUGGUUUCACCUGUGAAGAUAUUAAUGAGUGUAUCACUGCAGACCACAAUUGUGGCAUUGGACAAAUUUGUAUCAAUACGCUAGGAUCUUUCCGUUGUCAGCGUGAGACCAGUUGUGGAACUGGUUAUGAACUAACAGACGAAAAUCUUUGCAAAGAUAUUGACGAGUGUGAGACUGGUACUCAUAACUGCCUCCCCGAUUUUAUCUGUCAGAAUACUCCAGGAUCCUUUCGUUGCCGACCCAAGCAACAGUGCAAGAGCGGCUUUAUACAAGAUGCGCUAGGCAACUGUAUUGAUAUUAAUGAAUGCCAGAGUGAGAAUGCGCCUUGUCCAACUGGCCAGACGUGUAUCAACACGGAUGGCUCUUUUGCUUGCCAGAGGACUGUGCCAAACUGUGGACGGGGCUAUCACCUUAAUGAAGAAGGGACAAGAUGUGUCGAUGUGGAUGAGUGUUUGGCACCUAAUCAGCCAUGUGGAGAAGGUCACGUUUGUAUCAAUUCCCCUGGCAGCUACCGGUGCGAGUGCCGAGCGGGCUACUAUUUUGAUGGAAUCAGUAGAUCAUGCACUGAUGUGAAUGAAUGUCGACGUUACCCCGGUCGCCUGUGCGCUCACAAAUGCGAAAACACUCCUGGGUCUUACUACUGCAGCUGUACUAUGGGUUUCAGACUUUCAUCUGACGGGAGGUCAUGCGAAGAUCUGAAUGAAUGUGAAAGUAAUCCCUGUAGCCAGGAGUGUGCCAAUGUGUACGGUUCCUAUCAGUGCUAUUGUCGUCGGGGCUAUCAGCUUAGUGAUGUGGAUGGGAUCACCUGUGAAGAUAUUGAUGAAUGUGCCUUGCCAACCGGAGGACAUAUCUGUGCCUAUCGCUGCAAUAAUGUUCCAGGGAGUUUUCAGUGCACUUGCCCCCCUUCUGGUUAUAAACUGGCAUCGAACUCACGGAACUGCCAAGAUAUUGAUGAGUGUGUUACUGAAACGCAUACCUGUUCAUACAAUGAGACCUGCUUUAACAUUCAGGGAGGGUUCCGUUGCCUUUCUUUGGAAUGCCCAGAGAAUUAUCGCAAAUCUGGUGAAAAUGUCAGACAUGAGAAGACAGAUACGAUUCGUUGCAUUAAGUCAUGUCGACCUACCGAUGCCAACUGUAUCUUGGACCCGGUGCACACCAUUUCCCACACUGUCAUUUCACUGCCCACAUUCAGGGAAUUUACAAGGCCUGAAGAGAUUAUAUUCCUUCGGGCCAUCACUCCUGCAUACCCCGCCAACCAGGCCGACAUCUUCUUUCAAAUCGCGGAAGGAAAUCUACGGGAUUCGUUUGAUAUCGUCAAGCGCUACAUGGACGGCAUGACUGUGGGUGUGGUUCGCCAGGUGAAGCCUAUCGUUGGCCCUUUCUAUGCCACCCUGAAGCUCGAAAUGAACUAUGUUAUGGGAGGGGUCGUCUCUCACCGCAACAUUGUCAACGUGCACAUCUUUGUUUCCGAAUACUGGUUCUGAAUACGCCGGCCACCUGGAUGCA